AGCGCCGAGCAGACAGCAGGGUUACACAUGAGAGGUCCGCGGAGGAAUUAAACAAAGAGAGAACACAGAGAGGCAGAGAAAGAAAGUAACAGGUAGAGUUAGUUAGGUUUCAGUCUUACCUCAUAACUAAUUAUUACUUUUUCCACGGUGGUGAAAGAAAGCAAACAGAAACUAAGUGAGAAAACAAGCAAACAGAAAGUGCAGCUCAAGGCAGGAGAGGAAAAAGCAGAAGUAGCAAGAAAAGGAGGGAGAGACAGCAGUUAAAAAGUCAGGUCCAGGAAAUUAAUCGAGGAAGAGAAACAUAAAGUGAGUGAGGAGGAAAGUAAGAAAACAGCAGAUACUCAUUGACAGACAGGACUGGACUUAACUCCAUGGAUUCCUGACGUCAGCAAAACAAAGGAAGAAGAGCGUCAGAAAAGAGGUCACUGCGGUCCAGCAGCAGUGCAGCUUGCCUGCGCCUGUGUACUAUGCAACCGAGACAGCCGAGGUAGACAGACUCAAGCACAGACACAGCUCACAAAGACUGCCCUCUCUGUAACAACACCAUGUUGAUGAAAGAGUACCGCAUAUGUAUGCCACUUACUGUGGAUGAGUACAGGAUUGGGCAGCUUUACAUGAUCAGUAAGCACAGCUGUGAGCAGAGUGGUGGGGGAGAAGGGGUGGAGGUGGUGAGGAACGAGUCAGAUACUCACCCCCAGCACGGCCUGGGACAGCUGACCGAGAAGCGAAUCCACCUCAGCAGCAAACUGCCAUCCUGGGUGAAAGCAUUUGUCCCACGAAUCUUCUACGUGACAGAAAAGGCCUGGAACUUCUACCCAUACACCAUCACAGAAUACUCAGUGUCAUUCCUCCCCAAGUUCAGCAUCCGUAUUGAGACGAGAUUCGAGAACAACAACGGUGAUAACGACAACGUGUUUGGGGACAUGCCGACCCCAGCAGAGAAUGUGAGUUUCCUGGAUAUCCUUAGUGACCCCAUCCCUGAAAAACACCACAAAGACUCAGAGGACCUGAGUCGCUGGCAGUCAAAUAAAACUGGCCGAGGGCCUCUGGAGAAAGGCUGGAGAGACAACCACAAGCCCAUUAUGUGCUCCUAUAAGAGGGUGCAGUGCAGCUUCGAGGUGUACGGCUUACAGACCAGGACUGAGGAGUUCAUACACAAAAACAUCCGGGACAUUCUUCUGGUUGGCCAUAAGCAAGCAGUAGCAUGGCUAGACGAAUGGCACGGGAUGAGUUUGGAGGAGGUGAGAGAGUACGAGCAGACGAUGCAAGAGAAGACCAACAGCAAAGUCAAAUCCAGCCAGAACAACACAGGGCCACCGGCUGCCUCUCGUACUUCAUUCUUCCGCUCCAUCUCGGUGACAGAUGAGCGUUGCCUGAAGAAGAUGGGAGUGACGACUGUGGCCAUGUCUGACCCCUCUGCCUCCUCUGUGCCACCCAGUCCCAUGCGCCACAACUCCAACCCUGAAUGACGCCUCAAGACCAGUCACACAUACAGUUCUUACACACAGAAACCAAUGUCAACCAGAGUCAUGUGAUGCUAUUUCUCAAACACAAGCAUACAGCCACAUGUAAAUAGUGACAUUAAAGAGGUGGUAUUAUGCUCA